AUAGCAACUGCGAGGCUCAUCCUUCCGCAUUGAAAUUUUCAACAGGUGCGUGAGCGUGUGGUGGGCAAAGUCUUCAUGUUUUCUUCUAUCGUACUUUCCGUUUAUGCAGUUUUAUCAGGAAUCGCGAAACUGUCGUUUCCUAUAUAAAAUACCCUCGCUCUCGAUCUCGAUGAUUUACAAGUACAUUAGACGCAACAUUAUGUCGCUGUUCUAUGCUCUGUUGCUGCAACUACUCAUUUUAAAUUCUCUCCUGGCGCUUAACAUUCGUAGGUCCGAUGGUAAACGAAAUUUUGUGCUUAAAACCCCAGAAUUGAUAAGGAGCCACGGCUAUCAGGUGGAGGUUCAUAAUGUUAUAACAGAAGAUGGCUACAUAUUGGAAAUUCACAGACUUCCAUGUGGACGGCUUGAUUGUGAAAGGAAUUUUACAAAUGGAAAACAACCGAUUCUAAUGCAGCAUGGAUUGGCAGGCAGUUCUGCAGAUUGGGUGUUUAUGGGACCAAACAGAGCAUUGGCAUAUAUGCUAGCAGAUGCAGGAUACGACGUAUGGCUUGGAAACAAUAGAGGAAACACUUAUUCAAGAAAUCAUAUCUUAAUGUUGCCACAGAGCCGACAUUUCUGGAAUUUUAGUUAUCACGAACUCGGUAUUUAUGAUGUUCCCGCAACAAUUGACUAUGUACUGCAACAAACAAAUUGCGAGCAACUCUUUUAUAUUGGUCAUUCUCAAGGGACCACACAAUUUUGGGUAGCAAUGUCUCGAAGACCGGACUAUAAUGAAAAAAUUAAGUUGAUGAUCGGCCUUGCUCCUGUAGCUUUUACUGGCAGCAUACGCGGCCCGAUUACAAAACUCGCUAAAUUAACAUACUUGGGUGUGUGGAUGGGUGAAACGUUCGGUUAUCCUGAAUUACGUUCACGUUCUGCUUGGGGAAAGUUUGUUUCCAGUGUACUUUGUCAAGAUACAAUGCUCUUUUGCAAUAAUAUUCUGUUCCUCGUCACUGGUUUCAGCCAGACAAACUUGAGUGCGAAAGUUUUAGACAAUUUGAUUACCAUAAUAAAGAAAAAAAUUAUCAAAUUUAUAACUCUCUAGAACCACCAAAGUACAAAUUGAACGAAGUAACUGCACCGGUUGCCUUAUUCAGCAGUGAUAAUGAUUUACUUUCAACAAAACCAGACGUUGAUCUUCUGAAAAGUAAACUUAAUAAUGUUGUAUUCCAUAAAGAAGUAUCAAUUAAAUCGUUCUCCCAUUAUGAUUUUAUAUGGGGAAUAUCUUCAGUAUCGAUCAUAUUUGAACCUAUAUUAUACUUAUUAGCCCUUAACGAAUAAAAUGCAAUAUUAAACCGACAUAACUUCUUUGAAUGCACUAGAAAGGAAGUAAAAAAAAAAGUAUUUUUGACAAAACUGUCACUUUCAACAAUUUUAUACAGAUUUAAAUAAAAUAAUGAUACCUAAAUUUGAAAAUAAAAAUGAUUAUAUUAUUUACCUAAAGUUUCUAACGUUCUUUGUUUUUCUAAUGUUAGUAAUAUUUUUUAAAGAAAGAUAAAUAAGCAUCUGAUUAUAGGGCCUUUAUUUUUACGGCUCCAGAAAUUCGGACAUUACUCAAACAGUAACAUAAUUUGACAACGUAGGAUUUAAAAUGCUAUUAUUAAAAUUUAUUUAUACAGUAUAUAUCAAAUAAUUGAUAACAAUCAAACUACGAAACAUAAGUUAAAAUUUAUAAAAAUCCUAUUAACGUGUUUCUUUUCAUACAUAGUAACAUUUCAGAUACAAUUUGAGAUAAGUAUCAAUAAAUCAUUAGCAUUACUAAAUAUCACUAUAUCAUUAUAAAAAAUGAAAGGAAUGUUUCAAUUAAUUUACCAGUUACUCAUUACAAUAAGAAAUAAAUUCUUUCUUCAUUUAUUUGUUUGAUUUUUCUUACGUUCAUAUAGAAAGAAAACCACUACACAAAACUCUUCUUUGUUUUGGUUUCCAUUAUUAACUAAUCACUUUUGUUACAAAAGCAAAAUGCAUUGCAGAAAAUUUCCAUUCUGAUCUAGUGGUUAUAUAAUUAAUAUUUUAAUUAAUCGUCGAGUAACUUUCGAAUGUUUAAGAUUAGUAAUUAUACAAACUCGUUCUUCGUCCGAUUGAAUUUCAGCAUGGAAAAUUGAGUUUUAAACAACAAGACAUAUAUUGUAAAAUUCCUUUCAUAUAUAUAUAUACACAUAUGUAUAUGUAUAUAUAUAU